AUGUCAACAUCGUCGAACAAAAUCACCGCCGCCAACGGUGGCUCCAUGCGGCGGUCCGGCCGACUUCAAUAUCGUGCUCCUGCUUCCUUAAAGAUCAAUCCUGCCUCCAGCUGGAAAAUUGCGAUCCCUCUCUUAUCUCCGCUCGCAUCUUCGCCUCCCUCGAUUGAUCGGAGGCAAGAGCCACCUCGUGAAGAACACCAGCCGCGACAGAUCCAGAGAACGGAGCCCGAGAAGCUUGUGUUCAAGAUGUGGCAGCAUCCAGCAGCACCGUUAUGUUGUGAGUCAUUCGUGCCGGUUUAG